AUGGAAGACAUGGAGGAGAUGAAAAUGGCUCUUCAAACUGUUGCAGACAACUAUGUUGAUGCAGUCUGGAUUGGGCUGCACAAAGGAAAUAAUCCAAAGUGGCACUGGUCUCUAGUAGACCAAGGUUUCUACAAGGAUGGAGAGAAAAAUAACCUUAAAUGGGGCAACCAAGAAACAAAACAAGGAGCAGCUCAGUACGUCCUCAUUCCAGAGCAGAUGACUUGGACCGCUAGUCGAGAUUUUUGCAGAAAAACAUACACAGACCUGGUCAGCUUGAGGAAUGAGAAUGAAUACCAGACAGUCCAGAAUGUUGCCAAUGGGAAGACAGUAUAUGUUGGUCUCUUCAGAGAUCCCUGGGAGUGGUCAGACCUGAGCGACUCCUCACUGAGGUACUGGAGAGAAUCUCAGCUGAUUUAUGCACAAGAUUCUGAAUCCUGUGUCGCUAUGAUGAAGACUGAAUCUGGUAAAUGGGGAGACAGGAAAUGCGCAGAGGAGCAUCCUUUCCUCUGCAAAUGCACAAAAAACAAACUGCAGUUCAUAAAACUGAGGAUCAGCUUCCAGCACUCAACUUUGGAUUUAAAUGACCCUACAAUUCAAAGAAGCAUGUUGGAGAAAAUGGCGCAAAAGCUGAAUGCAAGUAUAAAGGGUAUCACCCUUCUUUCAUGGAAGAAGCUCUCUGAUGAUAGAGGUUUAAUCAAGGAAGACAAGGAAAACAUCCCAUGAGAGAAAUACAGAGGAUUAUUAAGAUUCUAUCUUGAUGUUGUAGAAGGCUGUAAUCCAGUUUAAUAGAAGAAAAGAAAGCUGUUAGUUAUUGUUAAGAUUUCCACUUAUAAUGAAGGACGCUAUGUGAUGAUUAUCUUUAGUAUUUGUAUGCAGGUAGUUUAACAAAGACUUUUCAUGGCUCAUUGGUCUUAGCAAUUCCAGGAAUCAUAGCAUCUUCUGUCAAUAUGAACUGCUUUCAUGCCGAUAAUCUCAUCUGUCAUUUGAUUUUGAGCCGCUGUUUAGAAAUAGAUGUAAGAUGUGAACUCUGAACACAAAUUGGAUCUCAAACUGUGGCAUUUUUUCACUUGAGUGUCUUAAAACUUUGGGGUCAAGCCUUUUUGAGGUAAAUAUAAAAUAAAUUAGCAGUGAUAGAAAGCUAAUAAGUCUAACAACACAA